AUGAAAACGCGUAUAACUCGUGGGGGGUUAGACGCGAGACAACCGAUUGGUCUUCGGACCGGAGUCCUGGAAAUCGGCAAAACACCUUCCUGGGAAUGGAUGUCAGAAGUAAUGCGUUCCUUGGUCUGGUCUAGUCGACCUGCCAGAACCGGAUUAGACGAUUUCGGUGGUUCGGGCCAGCUGGAAUUCAGACUGCCGCCGACGAACACCACCACCCUGACGGUGAGUGGCGCAAGAGCGCCGUUUCCUGGGCGGAUGAUGGGUAAAGAUGGUAUAGGUGGUAAAAAGUGCCGCCCGUUCACAUUCAGCAGGGACGGCAUCGGAUGA